AUGGCUCCUCUAUUGUUAUUCCCUUUUGUGUUUUCCAUUUUUUCAAUCUCCACUUUUCCUCACUAUCUCAAUAAUAUCUCUCAAGAACAACAAUAUUUGCUCUUGCAAUUCAAAGCCGCCAUUUGGAAUAACAAUGACAAUUUACAGCCCAACUGGACGCCCCUUCGGCCCCUCUGCAAUUGGACUGGCGUCACCUGCGAUCGUUCUUCUCAGUCUGUCGUCACCCUCAAUUUAUCGAGCAUGAACUUACACGGCAUAAUCUCUCCUAUCCUAGGGAAUCUCUCCUCUCUUCGAUCCCUUGACCUCUCCAAAAAUGCCCUCGCUGGUAACAUUCCAUCUCAACUCGGCCGACUUCCCCAUCUGCAGGUACUCUGGCUCUAUAGCAAUCAAUUGCAAGGAACCAUUCCGCCCUCUCUCUCCGCUUGCCGCAAUUUGUAUGACCUCAGACUUUCCUUUAACCAACUGCAUGGCAGCAUUCCGCCCGAGCUUAGUCUCCUCACAAAUUUGAAGAUCCUCUACUUGGGAAUAAACAAUCUCACCGGUUCCAUUCCCAGUUCUUUAGGAAAUCUGUCUGCGUUGGUUGAAUUGGAUUUGGGAAUAAAUAAUCUCAGAGGCACCAUUCCGCCCACUCUGUCCACUUGCCGCGGUUUGCAUGACCUGAGACUCACUUUUAACCAACUGCAUGGCAGCAUUCCGCACGAGUUGAGUCUCCUAACGAGUUUGGAGAUCCUUUACUUGGGAGCAAACAAUUUCACUGGUACCAUUCCCCGUUCUUUAGCAAAUCUAUCCUCUUUGGUUGAAUUGGAAUUGGCAAAAAAUGAUCUCAGUGGUAUUAUUCCUCAUGAACUGGGCAUGCUCCCUCACCUUCAGUUUCUUAACCUUUGGGGAAAUAAGUUAUCUGGCACCAUUCCUAGUUCUUUAGGAAAUCUGUCUGCCUUGACUGUUUUAGAUUUGACGAGAAACCAUCUACAGGGCACAAUUCCACCCACUCUCUCCGCUUGCCGCGGUUUGAAGAUCCUUCAUCUGGGAGCAAACAAUCUCUCCGGAACCAUUCCUCCUGAAUUGGGCAUGCUCACUCACCUUGAGGCUCUCUACCUUAAUAAAAACAAGUUAUCCGGCACCAUUCCUAAUUCCUUAGGAAAUCUGUCUGCCUUGAAGAAUUUAAGUUUGUCAGAAAACAAUCUCCAAGGCUCCAUUCCCUGGUGAACUUGUAAAAGCGGCUGAGGUCAGAUUUUCAAACAGACGGGCAGAUGUUAUGGAGGGAUGCGAAUGAAACAUGGAAGACAAUGACCCAUGGAAAUGCAGCUUCUUCCAUUUUAACAUUUAUCAAUCGUCAAAAGUUUGACAUUUUGAAUGUGCUUUUUAGUGCUUCAUGCUAGCCAUUUCAAGUUUA